GGUGGGCAGACUCUAUCGCUUGAAACGUGCUCGCUAUAAAAAGCUCUGAGAAACGUUAGCAUUGGAGCACCGUCACGUAUUGGUUUGCCAUUUGAUCAGACUUCAGAGAGUGUGAGGAGUGCUCUGUGGUGUCUGUGCUGCCAGAGAAGAAAGAGGAGGCAAGUCAAAACAAAACGAAAGGACCCAAAGCGUGCUGCUUUUCUUACAAUGGUGACUUCAGUUUUACCAAGAGUUGAGAGCUUGGCAAGCAGCGGGAUUCAGGCAAUCCCGAAGGAGUACGUGAGGCCCCAAGAAGAGCUAAACAGCAUCGGCAACGUUUUCGAGGAGGAGAAAAAGGAAGAAGGGCCUCAGGUCCCGACCAUUGAUUUGAGGGACAUAGACUCCGAGGACGAGGCUGUUCGACAAAAAUGCCGUGAGGAGUUGAAGAAAGCUGCCGUGGAUUGGGGUGUCAUGCACCUCGUCAACCAUGGCAUCUCAGACGAGCUUAUUAACCGGGUGAAGAUAGCCGGAAAGCAAUUCUUUGAUCUUUCCGUGGAGGAGAAGGAAAAGUACGCUAAUGACCAGGCAUCAGGCAAGAUUCAAGGCUAUGGCAGCAAGCUGGCCAAUAAUGCUAGCGGCCAGCUCGAGUGGGAGGACUAUUUCUUCCACCUCGUGUAUCCUGAGGACAAGCGCGACUUGUCCAUCUGGCCCAAGACACCCAGCGACUACGUUGAGGCAACAGCCGAGUACGGGAGGCAACUGAGAGGCCUAGCAACCAAGAUAUUUUCCGUUCUAUCUCUUGGCUUGGGAUUGGAAGAAGGGAGGCUAGAGAAGGAAGUCGGCGGCCUGGAAGAACUUCUGCUGCAAAUGAAAAUCAACUACUAUCCCAUAUGCCCUCAACCCGAACUCGCUCUUGGCGUCGAAGCCCACACGGACAUAAGCGCACUGACUUUCAUCCUCCACAACAUGGUGCCCGGCCUGCAACUUUUCUACCAAGGCAAAUGGGUCACCGCGAAAUGCGUUCCAAACUCCAUCAUCAUGCACGUUGGGGAUACCAUAGAGAUUUUGAGCAACGGCAAAUACAAGAGUAUUCUUCACAGGGGGCUGGUCAACAAGGAAAAGGUCAGGAUCUCGUGGGCGGUGUUCUGCGAGCCACCAAAGGAGAAGAUUAUCCUGAAACCACUGCCGGAGGUUGUGUCGGAGAAAGAGCCUGCACUCUUCCCACCUCGCACCUUUGCUCAGCAUAUUCAGCACAAAUUGUUCAAGAAGACCCAGGAUGCUCUUGCCUCGAAAUAAGCCUGCAGCCAUGUAUGAUUGCCAUUAAUAUUUUUAUUGUCAAUUGGACAUCCGACUAUCCUGUGUUAUGGCUCUGUGUUAUUUUUGUUGUUCGGUCUGCCGUUGUUUAUGGGUUUGUCCUUGGCCCUGUCGAGGGGCUGCUUCUCCGAGUUCUCUCUCCUUUAUUAAAUAAAAGUUUAUUGCAAGGAUCGAUGUUUUUAAUCACCUA